AUGCCCGAAGGAUCAGCUAAAGCAAACACAGCUAGAGAUGAACUCAAAGAUAUAAGAAAACAACUUCCGGAAGAUGCCUUUAAGUGGCUAUCCACAUCAUAUGGCUACAACGAAUGGCUAAAACAGUUAGACGACGCUUGCAUGUCACCGUUUUGGCAGCUAUUAUACGUGUAUGGGGGCGUCAAGACUGGAAAGUCCUGCCUCGUGGCAUCAAUAGAAGAGGACUUGAGAAGUAGAAACAUAGCAAACCUGGCUAUUGCAUAUCACGCUUUCACUGGGGUAGAUACUAAGACAAGCAAGACUGCAAGCAAUAAUGAUAUAGUCUAUGCUUUGAAAUCAAUGGCCCUCAAGACGUAUGCGGCAGCGCUGUCGCAACUUCAAGAAAAGGACCUCAGAAUUACAGAUACGCGGGAGAGGUCUGCAGAGAUACAAUGGUGGGAUAAGUUGCGAUUUGCUAAAGACCCUGGGAACCGUGAACCCUUGAGUAUCGUUCUCCUGUUCGAUGGACUAGAUAAGCUUCCCAAAAGUAAGACUCACCAUUUAUUAGAGAUUCUGCGGGAACAGCUGAGAGUGUUUGCAAGCGAAGGCUCUCUUCAACUUCUCAUCUUGAUCACCGGAAGGUAUGAUAAAAACAAUUUUGAUGAUUUACGUAUUGACAUCACCAAUGGUACCGAAGAUGAUAUCAAUUCAUUUAUCGAGCAAGAGUUGGAUAAACUUAAUUUUCUUGGAGGCCAGGAUGUAGAAACAAAGCAACUUCGUAAAUCAAUUCGUGAGAGACUCCCAAUAAUCGCUGAAGGGAAAUUGAUCAGAAUCACGGAAGCUGUGAAAUCUGAUGCAUAUUCAGAUGAUAUUGAAGCAAUUUUGAAUCAGGAUCCAUCCGGAGAUAUGGGUAUGAUAGCACAAGAGAUUAUCACCAAUCUUAACACCUCUCUCAGUGCUCGCGAAAUUGAACAGCUGAAUGAGAUACUCGACUGGUUUGUAUUUAGCUACGAGAAAUUUAGCAUUGACCAAGUCAGAGCGGCCCUUUGGCUAAGUUCAGGCAGGUUACCUGUGCAACCUUUAGAGAUGAAGCUGAAGGAAAGGUUUGCUAAGGUUUUCCCUCGCCUGGAGAGGGACAAUGUUGAGGAUAAGUAUGACGGUCGCUAUAAAUCAAGCCGACCUCCAUUCGGUUCAGAGGUUUUUUUGGGAUCUCGCGGAAAGAACUGGGAUUGGGAAGUUCGAUUCUCUCCUGCUAACUCCGAUAACGAGAAGAAAGUCACUAUCCAUUCCACCUGGAUUCAAGCCCAUUGUCGCAUAACUGAACAGCUCCUAAAGCUCCUAAAUGAAGAGCCUAACAAUGAAACCAUACAUGUUGUUGGAUACGCCCUGGAGUUUCUUCCUCUCCAUAUUGGAGAAGUAAAGAAAGCAUUACUGCGUGGUAACGGAAGAACAGACAGACCGAAGCUUCAAGCUAUUGCAAAGAGACUUGUGGAUCUCCUUAGUGAUGCUGAGGCAAUCGAGAAAUUCGAGAAUAUAGCAAAACUCAUGAGUAACACCUGGUGGAGUUUUGACAACGUGAAUAUUAUUCGGGAUUUUAUAAAGGAUGAGAGAACAAUCGAGCAGCUUGGGCCGAGGGAAAGUCGUUGGGUUAAAGACCAUACAAAAUCGGAAGGCAAAGUGAAUUUCUAUUGGCCUAUCACGCUUAUGAUUGCCAAGAGAUGGCUGUGGGAUUCAAGCCGUACUUGGAGUCCUUACGACUCAUAUGAAUGGCAAGAAUUGAACGAUGAUGAGAUUAAGGAUACAAAGAUUGACAGUCCAAGCUUGAACUCCACAUACGUAGAGGAGUUAUCCCAACGUAUUCUAAGCAGAGCUAUAUGGGCCCGAAAGACACUGCGUCUGGGCGAAAACUCUUUGUGGUACGAGCGUAUUGGCCAAACAUUCUAUGAGGCCGGUCAGUCCGAAAUAGCAAUUGAAUAUUUCAACAAAGCUAAAAGCUUCCCGUCCUGCCACUGGACGGUGAAUGAAUACCUGGCACUGGCAUAUUACCAUUUGCGGAGGGGAGAUGAUCUCUGGAGGGAGUGUGCCUCUUCUGAGUUGGAAUUAGCUAUUACAACAUUGAAAUCGAUGCAAAUGGAAAAGAAGUGGCUGAAAGAUCAAAUGAGUGUCUCGCCAGCUAGAACUCUGGACUUGAAUGAAGCAUUCUUUCGAAACUUGGCACGAUUGACAUUAUGGCAGAAACAGGUAGGAAAGAUUGAUCGAGCAAUUGCCCUCUACAACGAGGUACUAGAAUCCAAUCCUUGGGAUCACAGAGUUCGUUCCGAGCUUUUGAAGAUUCUUUUCAGUGAAGGGAAAAAUGAAGAAGCAAAGAGCUUGAUACUUGGACUUAAAGACUGGGUUCUCAACUCCCAACAACAUGACAUAGGAGUAUUAUCCAAAUUUCUUCUUGAAAUAGUUAAGAAACUGGAAUUUUAUGAUCCACACUUUGGUCAUAAUCCCAUACGCCUCAGUUAUAAUCCUCUAGACGCUGGUAUUUCUCUAUGCUUUGUUCAUAAUGCGCUAAACUUUGAUCAUAAUCCUCUAGACUUUGUCAUUAAAGUAGCACGCUCUAACAUAGAAUUGGGCAAGUUCACACUCCAAGCGCUCAUCAAAGCAGUAAUUGCUGCGGAAAAUGAAAUCCAUCGUGUAGACUUACUAGUUUACCAGGGUCUUCUGAUUGCAGGGGGGGCGAAACAAACGUAUAGCACCUACAAAAUGCUCUCACAUGGUUUGGCCCUUAAACCUGGGGCUUACGAUUAUGAGCGGAAUGCUUUCACUGUGCAGUCUCGAUUGUUGGCGCAUUUUCAACUUGCCAUCAAGAUCAGGCAGGACAAUCCUCGUUCACAACAUGAACAGCAAUUAUUGGAUGCAUUAGAAGCCGAGAAAGUAUAUUUGCGAUUCUAUUUUCCUGGGUCUAAUAUGCAAGCAAAUUGGUUGACUAGCAUCAAAGCAUUCCUUGCAUCAUACUAUUCCCAGUCGAAAGACUUCGUCAAGGCACAGAAUUUAUUUAGGGAUGAUGUGUUCACUGCGAUUUCUAUAUUAGAAGAUGAAGAUCCAGAUAAUGAUCCAAUUGGGUAUAAAAGUUUGAUAGGGUGUUUUAUUCAUACUGGAGAUGAUCGAAACGCGCUCAAUGCUUGGUCUUUACUAUAUCCGAAUGACACUGGCACGGAGCGACGAUGA